AUGAAGGCUGUUCUAUUCCGAGUUGCGUCCCUCGCUGCCGCCGCCGCUUCGGUGGGCGCCCAGACGACGGAUAGCGACGAUGGGUCUUCCACGUCUACUGCAACGACGGCUUGCGCUGCCCAGAACAUCCUCGACACUUGCCUCUCUACGACCGAGAGCUAUGUCAGUCUUUGCGAUACGACCGACUAUAUGUGCCUGUGCGAUAAGUACACCGCCAUCUUGACUAUGAACGCCAGCUUGUACGCCACCACCUCCGGCAACCGCACCGUCAGCCGCAGCAUCACGUCUACUUCGUCCUCGGAGACGACCACAACCAGCGAGGGUGUCGUAAAGACCGCCGACGUCACUGCCGCCGCGAGCUCCCCCACAGCCACCGAGCCCACCCAGAGCGGUAACAGCGCCGGCGAGAGGGCAGUCCAUGCCGGGGGCAGACUAGCCGCCCUUGCCGGCGUCAUCGCGUAUUUCCUAUAGGCCUCGCACCCGCUCGUCCUUGCUAUGCGCUGUGGGUGGGGUGGGAUCCGGAUGCAUCCUUUCUUCCUUUGAGGGGAUAUAUCGCCAUGUUCUUCGCUGUGUUGGGAUGUUUUGCGGUCGGAUGAAUGGGCAUGUAUUCAG